ACGUAACUAGGAAAAUAACAAAGAAUAGCCGUCGCUGGGAAACCUACAUCAUUAGAUUGCAAGGAGAAAGGAUUUCCAAAAUGGCAAAAGGGCUGCUUGUGAAAUUAUGGGACUUUCGACCUAUUUUCUACGCUGUGAUAACCCGUGUUUUGUUCUUUAUACAUGGAUUUCUGUCUGUGUGGCUUCUAGCACACUGUUUGAAUAAGAUUGAGUUCUGGGCAACCAUUUUGGGCAUUGUUCUGUUGUUCUUCGAAAUGGUUUACACGUUACUUGCUCGCAAAGGACAAGAAUACAAGUAUUUUUGGCCAAGCUGUUUCUUCUACAUGUCUACAAUGAUUCCAGUGAUAUGGAUUUUAGAAAUAGAUCUUCUAAAACAGCGUGUAGAUCCAACACAGCCACCAAGGGUAAAUGGAACUGUACAAUUUCAAGAGAAUAUUCCUGGGUGUCUUGGAAAUGUGGGUACAUCAACACUAGCCAAACAGAUAUGUGAAUUGGGUCUGAUCAUUGGAAUAAUCAUUGGAAGAUGGCUUCUACCAAGAGGUGAGAUUACCCGUGACCAGCUGUCAGCUCUUUUAUUGGGUUAUGUUGGCACUGCAGCAGACAUUCUUGAAUUAUUUGAAGUCCUUCAAGAAGAUGUUGUUCAAGCAGAGGAGUCAGUGACAUUUGCAGUGCUAGGUGUGUAUACAUGGAGCUUGUUACAGUUUUGUCUUGUCACCACAGCCACAACUGGAAAGAACAACCAGAUAAGGAUCACAAACAACAAGGUUUCACCUGAUGAUGUCAUAAACAGGAAAAUAAGUCUCCAUAGGUAUGAAAAACAAGAAGAUCUCAAGGAGAGAUACAUUCAGAGAUUACAGAUGAAACGUCGCCAGACAGAAAUGAAUGUCUUGCGUGGAAAGGGAUACAAAGGUGAAAAGAAGGAAAAGAAAAUUUACCCAAUUACAACUGCCAGGGGAGAGGUAAAAGAGAUCUCUCGGCGAGAAAUGCUGCUUCAUGGUGACAUAUUUGGCAUCCUGACUGGCAUCUUCAUGCAAGAUGGACCAUUUUUGAUCCUGCGACUACUAUUGAUAAUCAAUUACCAAGUAUACAGUGAGAUGCAUAUUUUCUUCACAUGUAAGAAUGCCAUUGCUUUGAGUCUGCUGGUGUAUAGAUUGUGUAUUCUGACUUGUACUGGUGAAGAUGAGGAAGACCUUGAACACGAGGAACAAGAAUCCAGGUUACAAAAUGUCCAACAAGCAGUUUUAAGUGAGAACUUUAAGAAGGCAGGUGCCAUACAACUGGCAGGUUGAUGGCAGUAAUUCUUUUUACUGCUGUUUAAUGUGGCUUUGGUACAUGUACAUGCUUCACUGAAUCAUAGCCAUCCACAAUAUUUUAAAAGCAUGGUUAUGACUUAACAGAAAUGUGUGUUUGUGACUCUGUUUUUGCCAACACUGCCUUAAUUUUUCUUUCUUUUUACAAAAAAGAGUUGCUGAGAAGUAUGUAUAAACACCUACAAGCACUUUAUUUGUAGGAUAAAAGUAGACAAUCCUGAGUAGAAAGGACUUGCCUGUUUGGGUGAUCAAUUAGAACACAAGAUUUGCUUAAUCCUACCCAAAGAGACACAAGGGAAAAAAAAUAAUCAUUGAAGUUAUUAGUGCUCAGGGAUAAACUCAGAUACGCCAUUUUAAAUUAAAUGUUGAUUGCUGUUGAUUCAACAUCACAUUGAUGUGUAAACAAAAGAGCCACAAUGAACCUGUUGGAGUCAUUAAAAGUUACUCAUUUGCUGUUUAUUGGCUUGUUUUAACUUGACAAAGCACCAAACUGUAUUUAGCCUAUUUAAUGAACAGACAAUUACUGUACCUUGGCAUGAAUGUUACCUUUGUAUGAGGUAGCAAAUGAAUAAUCUGUACAGUACAUUUCAAACUAAUAUAAACGUGAAUGCAAAUUAAAUACUCACUGUAUCAUAAAAGACUGUGAACACUACUCAAACUACAAGAACUAUGUUGAAUUUAAUAGGUUUUUAACCAUUUCACUUGUUGGCUUUUGUUUUGAUGAUCAUUUCGUGAUUAAAAAUAACUGAGAUCAGCUUUUUUCAAAUGGUAUUGUUGACUGUGAAACUCCCUUGUAAAUAGUUAUUUAUUUCAACUUAUGAUCUAUUGAAAGUCAAAUUAAAGUUCUUCUGUAUCCUUUACUUGA